UACGUGCAUGUCAUUUAUUCAUCUGCUCUUUUUCACACGCAAAGUCAUCUCUCUCUCUCUCUCUCUGGCAAGCCCCACUGACACUGAGGAGGAGAAAAAGAAGGAAGAAAAAGACUUUUUUCCUGCACAUGUUUUGCCAUCUAUAGACCUCUCUGUGAUCUUUAUAUUCAGUGCCAGAACGAGAAGCCAACCCACUUCGGGCUCCGAACAAGAAACCAACUUGCUUGCUUCUGUAUUGCAUCUCGAGAAGAAAGGAGAUGAAUCGCCCAGAAGAAGAAGCUCCAGAGCCAGCCAAGGGUGGCCUCAUUACCAUGCCCUUCAUCAUAGGUUAAGUACUACUGCAUUGCUGUGAUCUCAAACGAAGCGUUUGAGAAGGUGGCCAGCUACGGGCUCUUGCCCAACAUGAUACUCUACUUGAUGAGGGACUACCAUUUCGGAGUGGCCAAAGGGACGAACUUGAUCUUCUUCUGGUCAGCUGCUACUAAUUUCAUGCCGCUUCUUGGGGCUUUCAUUGCCGAUUCUUAUCUGGGUCGAUUCCUCACCAUUGCUUUGGGCUCCAUCUGCAGUCUCUCGGGAAUGACAUUAUUGUGGUUAACAGCAAUGAUACCACAGGCAAGGCCUCCUCCUUGCGACCAGUCCGCAAGAACUUGCGAAUCCUCGAGCACACCCCAAAUGAUCCUUCUGAUCUCAGCCUUCGCCCUCAUAUCCAUCGGAGCCGGAGGGAUCCGACCCUGUUCAUUAGCAUUCGGUGCUGAUCAAGUGGACCGAAGAGAAAACCCGAAUAACAAGAGGGUCCUAGAGAGUUACUUCAAUUUGUACUAUGCCUCAGCCUUUCUUUCCGUCCUCGUUGCCUUGACGGGCAUAGUUUAUACACAAGAUCACUUAGGGUGGAAGGUCGGUUUCGGGAUUCCCGCUAUUCUCAUGUUUUUCUCGGCGUUCUUGUUCGUGCUCGCUUCUCCUUUUUACGUUAAGCAGAAGGCGAACAAGAGCUUGUUCACUGGGUUUGCGCAAGUAAUCGUAGUUGCCUACAAGAACAGGAAACUCCUUUUUCCCAGCCAGGAAUUAGAUGGCUUCCACUGCUACCAUCAGAAGAAGGGUUCGGAGUCUGUUCUGCCAACCGAUAAACUAAGGUUUUUGAACAAAGCAUGCAUGGUUAAGGAUCCAGAAAAUGAUAUAACUCCAGAUGGUUUGGCUUCCAAUCCCUGGAGUUUGUGCACGGUCCAACAAGUGGAAGAGCUGAAAGCACUGAUUAAGGUCAUGCCACUCUGGUCAACUGGGAUCAUGCUCUCGAUCAAUGUUAGCCAAACCUCUUUCCCGUUGCUCCAAGCAAGCUCCAUGGACCGACACAUUACUUCGAGCUUCCAAAUCCCAGCAGGAUCUUUUGGUACGUUCACGAUCAUCACGCUCACGAUAUGGGUCAUCCUGUAUGAUCGUGGUCUCCUUCCCUUAGCGUCCAAAGUCAGGGGAAAGCCAGUUCGUCUCGGUGUGAAACUGCGGAUGGGAAUGGGGCUACUCAUAUCCUGUAUGGCCAUGGUUGUUUCAGCAAUAGUCGAGCACGUUCGAAGGAAAAGAGCUUUACAAGAAGGGUUGCGAGAAAAUCCACAUGCAGUGGUUGGAAUGUCCGCGAUGUGGCUCGUGCCACAGUAUUGUCUGAAUGGGUUUGCCGAAGCUUUCACCGCGGUAGGCCAAACCGAGUUCUACUAUUCCGAAUUCCCUAGAUCCAUGUCUAGUAUUGCAGCUUCCAUGUUUGGCCUGGGGAUGGCCGUGGCAAACUUGUUAGCAAGUGCUAUAGUGAGCGCUGUGGACGGUCUCACCUCCGGAACGACGAGAAAAAGCUGGGUAUCGAGUAAUAUAAACGAGGGUCGCUAUGACAAUUACUACUGGCUCCUCUCCAUCAUGAGUCUGGUGAACAUAUUUUAUUUCCUGUUCUGUAGUUGGAUUUAUGGGCCCUGCGCGAGCAGCGGCAAGAAUGUCCAAGAACAGGAGAUCGGCUCCAGGAAGGAACUAGAAGUGCGGAAAGUAGAGAAGAAACUUAAGGAUGAGUUAGAUGAAAGAGAGGAAGGAAAGGAGGAUUCUGAUCUCAAGUAAUAGGGGGACUUUGUCAUGCAGUUCUGGAUCAAAAUAAUCAUUUUGCAAGGAUUGACAGUGUAAAAUUCACUAUCCAAAGACUCUGAAAACAUAGAUUGUAUAGUGCUUGCGGUGAUUUUUUGGAGAUGCAUGUAGAGUGAUGCAGCUGGAUCAUAUCAAUCAGCUGCGGGGGUGGACUGACUACCAAUGCUACGAUCGAGGAAUCCAGGGUACAGAUCUCUGGUGCAUAGGACUUAUGUGUGAUUUCAAAAGAUUGUAUUUUUUUGUUUUUAGUGUAUCUAAGAUGAGUAUUUGGUGCUUUGACUUGUGCUGGGUGUUGACAAGCAAUGUCAGAUCCCAUUAUAGGUUAAUUUUUCUUCUGGCCAAGGCCGGAGUUACUGGCCUGGCCAUUUGCUGUUUUGGCAUUUGGAAAUUAUAAGAUGGAGACUUCUAUCAUGGGCAGAUAUCUGCUUAGUGGGAAAAUAAACUUGAUCCUUCAUUAGACUUCACAGACAAAUUGAAGUCCCAGUCUCAGCUCUGACAGUGAAUAUUAAGGAACAGUUUCUUUCUGCUCUCCAA